AUGGACCCUGAAACAGAAAGAAUUCUCAAGGAAGAGCCACGACGCCCAGAAAAAAGCUCCCUGAAAAUGGUCGUCAUGGGUUAUCAGGGAGUGGGGAAGAAGACGCUAAUGGAUGGCUUACAGGGGAAGUGGUCGGAAAUUAGAAGCAAGAAGACAAGGAAAGGUGAACGUGAUGAUGAUUUAGGAAUCGGAGGUAGAGACCUCAAUGUUGAAAUUAUACACACAGCAGUGAAACGACAUUUUCCAUUCAUCCAACGACUGCCUUCUUGUGACGCCUACCUUCUGGUGUAUUCCCUUGUCUGUGAGGACUCCUUCAAGUCUGUCACGGCAGUCAGGGAACAGAUCUUAAAACAGAAGGGAGACAGCAUCCCUAUCAUAUUUGUGGCCAACAAGACUGACAUAGCGCAAGAUGCGGACAAGACUGUGCGGGUCUACAGGGAUCUGUCCAUCAGUUGUGAAUGGGAGCAUGGCCACUAUGAGGUAUCAGCAAGGGAUAGCUCCGACAUCAACAGAGUCCUGGAACAUACAAUGAGGAGAGUCAACAAGAACGACCCCUUGAUGAAAGCUGCGAAGGCUGGUGGGACAUCCAAACAUUGA